GCCGCGUCAUAAGCCCUAAUUGCAUUUCCCGCUCUCGGUACCCUCUCAAUUAGGGCUUUUUUCCUUUCAAUGUUCUUGAUCACGAAAUUAAAGAUGGCCAUUUUUGCAGCAAAUCGAGGGCUUCAAAUCUCUUUAGAGAUCAAAUCUCGAAGUCUUCUAAUCUCUUCACUGGCAAAGAAAGAGUAUAGUACCUCAGGCCCAGUCCGCUACGUUCCUAAGAGUCAUACCCAGAUCAAGAACCCCCAAAAAGCUCCGGCUUUGGGGAGUUGUGAGAAGAAAGAAGGCAUUUUCGUCAAAAAUAGGGCUUUGGAGAGUAAGAGGAAUGCUAGUAGGUUACCCAAGUUUCAUAAUUUUCACGCUGAACAUUCAAGUGACAUCUUCGAGCAAGUUGAAGAAGAUCCAGAGCUCAACAAUGCAAACAGUUUUACCCUUGAAUUUAUGGAUACAGAUCUUGGGAGCAAUUCUGAACAUGCCCUCGAUGAGAUUUCAAAUCCUCAUGAAGUCAGUAUGAAUGAAAAGGGUGAUCUCCUCAGCCGUAGCAUCAGGCAGGAUGCUGAAAAGGUGGCAAUUGAGUUGCUUGCAGUGAGAGCAUUUACAGAACUUGAGCUGAAAAAGAAACUGUGUGGCAAGAAAUUUCCUCCGAAGAUUGUCGACUCAGUGAUCACUGAUAUUAAGUGCAGGGGAAUGCUGAAUGAUGGGUUAUAUGCUGAAUCAUUCUCUCGGUCACGGUGGCUUUCCUCAUCGUGGGGUCCUAGGCGUAUCAAACAGGCACUUGUCCAGAAAGGGGUAAACGUGACAGAAGCAGAGAAUGCGAUAACACAAGUAUUUGAAGGGGACGAUGCUGAAGGACAAAGCCAAACAGUGCAGCAUGGAAUGUCCAAAUCCUCGAUGGACCGUCUCUUUCUUCAAGCCUCUAAGCAGUGGCUUCGCGGCCAGAAUACAUCGCCAGAGAAUCGCAAGGCUAGGAUCGUUCGAUGGUUGCAGUACCGAGGGUUCAAUUGGGGGGUUACAAGUUUUAUACUGAAGAAGCUGGAAGCAGAUUAUCCCCCGUGAGCAUCGUUUUAACUUGUUUAGAUUUACUGGCUUAAUUUCACCGGUGUUGGCUUAAUUGUUGUGUGAUUUAUGCGCUUAUUGGUGUAGAGAAGCAUUUCUUGUCGACGAGAAACAGAGAAUGCAAUUUGUCCCAUGAUGGGACUAAUUUACAUGUUUGGAUGAAUGAAUACAUUUAUAAGGAGGUUGAGCUCUUCAGCUUCUUGUCAUUGCAGAGGGUUGUGAGACCAGUCGGCAUUAGUUAUUUUCAA